AUGUCAAAUGAAACAGCGUCUAUGAGAGAAAUACAACACAACCGACAACUCAUUAUGCAAGCUCUAAAUAAGAACACAACAAACUUUUCAAACUAUUCUAAGAUAUCUGAGUCAUUGAAAGAAGGAAACUUAAAACUGACAAUAAACCCAAUGACAGAUGAGUUUCUGUUUCAAGACAAUAAGAACCAUACUGUCUGUAUAAAUCCAACAAAAGGAACUUUAAACGAGAAACCUAUAAAUGAACUUCUUUUGAAAACAGAUGUUGACAACAAAGCUGACAAAGAAUAUGUAGACGAUGCAAUAGCAAAAGAAGAAGAAAGAGCUAACAAUGCUUAUGCAACAAAAGAACAUACUCAUCCUGAACUAGCAGACAAAACAUAUGUUGACAAUAAAAUGUCAAGUGAAGUGACGAGAGCUGAAAACGAAUAUUCUAAAAAGACUCAUACACAUUCUAUAUCUGAAAUAACAGACUUACAAGAAACCUUAAACAGUAAAAGUGCCGUUGGACAUACACAUACCAUUGCAAAUAUUACAAACUUACAAGAAACCUUAAACAGUAAAAGUGCCGUUGGACAUACACAUACCAUUGCAAAUAUUACAAACUUACAAGAAACCUUAAACAGGAAAAGUGCCGUUGGACAUACACAUUCUAUAUCUGAAAUAACAGACUUAAACGUUAGCCUUGAAAAGAAAGCAGACAAGAACCAUACACAUACCAUUGCAAAUAUUACAAACUUACAAGAAACCUUAAACAGGAAAAGUGCCGUUGGACAUACACAUUCUAUAUCUGAAAUAACAGACUUAAACGUUUAUGUAAGAGCGUUAUGUAUUCUUCACAAGUAA